GUGAACAGUUAGCCUAAUAUUUAAUAAUACCUUUGAUAACACCCAUGUUGUAGUACUGCCAUCUGCCAUAAUUAUGUAUAACUACUGCGACUCGAUUUGGCUGGCUAAGUUUGUCUAUCUUCAGGGAAAGUAACUAGAUGUCACUGAACAAAACGCGUGCUGAUUGGUCACUAAAUUGUAGCUUACUUUUGAUUGGAGAAGAUUAUACUAGCUUGAUUUUUACUGGUUAAUAUUCUACAGUCGUAUUUAUAAAUACUAAAAAUCGUAAAAAAUACGUAAAAUUUCUUUAAUUAUAGCACCAUAGAAUAACACAAUGUUAAAUUUGAUAUAAAUCUAGUAUCUCUACAAGUUUGAUGUCAUUACUCAACAUAUUAAACAUUAUCUGUCAGAAAACGCGUUUGUUGUUUGUUAACCACGGAAAUACAACUCUGUAAUGGCGGGCGCUCGCGACGAAGUGAUUUCAAUUGAUUUUAAUUUUUGAAUAAUGUUUCUUUGAUAUUAACAAUCAUGAGGCAAUUAGAUUUGUGCCGGUGUUGUCUCGCAGUGGGUUGUGACAAAGAUAUUUCAGAGGAAUACGAGGAGGAUGGACGCAAGGAAGUGUAUUCCGAUAUGUUGCUUGAUACAUUCAAUAUUUUUAUAUCCUAUGAAGAUGUGGGUGGCAAGUGCCAAAUCUGCGAGGACUGCAUAUCUCGGCUCCGAGAGGCUGCCUCCUUCAAGGCUCAAGUCAUAGAAGCGGGGAAGGCUAUCACGCAGAAACUGAAGAAUUCAAGGGUAGAGUCAGAGGAUGAUGAAGAGGUGACAGCAAACGAAAAUGUAAAGAUGGAGGUGUGCGAGGAGGUAGAGCUCUCCUACGAGGAUUUCGACUUCACACAGUUCACUGGAGGCAAUGAUGAUGACGAGAUCUACAUCAUAAAGCUGGAGGACGGUUCCUGCGUGGCCGGAGCUGGAGAUGAGAUCAAUGCUCUCGCUGACAACCUCCGGCAGAACGAGCUGACCAGGAGCUUGCUGGGCUCCGCGCAGUUGGAUAAAAGCCCUAAACGCAAAGUUGUUCCAAAACCAAAGCCAAAGAAAGCCCAAACGGAAGUGACCCAGCGCCACCUCGACAUGCGCGCCAACUCGCUCAAGCUGCUGCGCAACUCCAACAUGUGCCUCUUCAAGGCCGGCCGGGGCAAGUUCUCCUGCUUCUACUGCUUCCAGGCCUAUCCCGACAUGGCCCUGCUCCGGGAACACUCCAAAACACACUCUCACACUAAGGAAUUGGUGAUCAAAAUCAACCCGGUGUCUCAUCUAUGCUACAAAAAGGCUGAUAUUUCAUCGCUGCACUGCGCUAGGUGCCUAGAGCCUUGCGACAGCAUCGAAGCGCUUCAAGAGCAUUUGACAAUCAUCCAUGAUUUCACUUUCACCGAUGAUGGACAUCUGUUGAUACCUUUUAAAUUAGAUAAUGGCAAUUACUGUGCUAUAUGUAAUUUAUUCUGUAAUACUUUUGCAUUUUUAAGCAUGCAUAUGAACUCUCACUUCCCUAACUACGUCUGUGAGACUUGCGGGGCUGCUUAUAUAAAUUUCAAAAACUUAGAUGUACACAGAAGAGUUGUACAUUUACGCAAAUGCAAAAAAUGUUUAGAAGAAAAAUGCGCAUGUAAAAAAAUCAAAUUAGGUGGCAGACAGAAUUCUCGUAUGUGUUUAGAAUGUAAUAUAACAUUUAAAUAUUCAUAUUUAUAUAAGGAACAUAAUUAUCAAGUACAUGGUGCGAAAAGACCUAUAGCAACAUGUGACAUUUGUGAUAAAACGUUUUUAACACCGAAUAACCUAAAACUACAUAUACGUAGAAUACAUAACGCGGAAAGAAACCACGUAUGUAGAAUAUGCGAUAUGAGUUUCUUCACUGCUCAUGGCAUGAGGAAACAUAUAAGACGAACACAUACUGACGUGGAAAUAAAACCAUACUCGUGCGACUACUGCGCGUGCAAGUUCAAGAUGAAGUAUUCGCUUAGUAAGCAUUUGAAAAAUCGUCACGGACGACGAAUGGACGGGAAGCUGUUUAAUGAAGUUGGGCUGACGUUAGAGGAGAUGCAAGGACAAUAGUAUUAACAUAGUAGGGUUCAAACUACAAGUACUAUCCUCGUAAGGCCCAAGGUCCUACCUAUAGGACUUAUUCAGUUCGAUGAAAUUUAAAUCAUAUUCAAUUAGGACAGAGUUGCAUUUGUUUUGUUUCGUGCAAUUUUCAAACAAAAUAAAAUCUACUGUAUUCCGUGCACUAUAGGUUCAAAUUCCAGUGGCAAAUUUUGGAUUUUUCAUUUCUAUGGCUGGGCCUUAAGAGGAUAAAUCAAUUAAUUCGUUUGAAGAGGUGACUUGAUAAAUAUUUAUAAUUCUAUCAAAAUAACUAUCUAUUUCUCAGUCGUCUGUACUUAUUAUAAGAAUGUUUUAUAUUUUGUACAUAUGUGUAUAAAUAGUUUUUGUAAAUAAAAUCUGUUAUUUGUGCAUUUCA